AUACCCUGUUUACGCUUGAAUCCAAGCGUUAACAGUUCUGAUCCGCAAAGAUAUCACCUAUCUAAAUGAUCUGUGUUGUGAGCGUCGUGCUCGUCUCUUCGCAGAUGGAGUGUUCUGUGUGCUUCGAGCAGUUCGACUCGGUGGUCCGCCGGCCGAAGAUGCUCGCCUGCGGCCAUUCGUUCUGCCUGCCGUGCCUGCAGCGACUGACUCCGAAGCGGUGUCCCCUGGACAACAAGCCUUUCCAGACGCCGCCGACGGAAAUGGUGGACAACUUCAGCCUGCUGCAUGCAAGCAACAAUGUGUGGUGCCGGCAGUGCAAGAAGGACGCGACGCUGGCCUGCGUGGACGAGCACCCGGUGUGCAGCCGCAAGAGGGCGCGCGACGAGGAGGCCGUGCCGCUGCUGGAGUCGCUGCAGCGGGCCGGGGCGGCGCUGGGUAAGUUCGCGUCGAGUCAAACUCCAGAGUGGGCGCACGAUUUCGGAGAGUGA